UUUAAGAUAAAGGAUCUAGGUCUCUACUACUACUUUAUAGGCGUUAGGAUUAUUAGAGACAGAGAAAACAGAACUAUAUCCCUUAUACAAGACGCUUACGUUAAUAAGGUACUUAAACGCUUUAAGAUAAGUAAUUAUAAAGCCUCUAAGACGCUAUUAGAU